UUUUUUUUUUUUGACGGUGCUUCAUUCACUAGGAGGAUUUGGACAUUUUGGAAGAGGAAUGCGCCGGGAAUCCCAUGAAGAGCGCUAAUAAAUGAGAGAUCACCAAGGAGCGUUUCUGUCUAUACCAGCCGUCAAAUCCCAGAGAAAAGACAGAUUGGCAUGAGGAGCCGAGCGGGAUACGAUGGACCGUCAAUUUUGACAAAGAAGUGUUAAGAAGAAGAAAGAAGAUUUAUGCAUUUUUCUACAAACACAUACGCGCGUUUUGGCACUUUGGACCGCGCGUAAAAAAAAAAGCGAGAGGACAGCGAGAACUUGGACACAAGAUUUACGCUAAAACAUCACCGCUAUAGGCUUUUUUUUUUUUAAUACGUGCUCUGUUAUCGCUGAAGACCCACAGCCGUGCACCCUUCUUGUCUACGGCAUAUGUUAUAACCGAUUUCGUAUAUGAGUUUUUCAAUUUGUGUGGCUCAGUGCACAGACUCUUUAGCGGCUACGAUGGACGAUCAAGCCCGGAUCAUGCAGUCGAUCGGCGGUGUCAGUCUGGCUGGCCACUCGGUACAAGGAGGCAUGGCACUGCCGCCUCCACAUGGACACGAUGGGACAGACGGAGACGGAAGAAAACAAGACAUUGGUGACAUUCUCCAUCAAAUAAUGACCAUAACUGAUCAAAGUCUGGACGAGGCGCAAGCAAAGAAACAUGGACUGAACUGUCACAGAAUGAAACCAGCACUCUUCAGCGUUCUCUGUGAAAUCAAAGAAAAGACAGGUCUCAGCAUCCGUGGUGCCCAGGAGGAAGACCCCCCAGACCCCCAGCUCAUGCGUUUAGACAACAUGCUGCUGGCAGAGGGUGUGGCGGGACCAGAGAAAGGCGGCGGAUCUGCUGCCGCUGCAGCUGCAGCCGCGGCCUCCGGCGGGGCAGCCGACAACUCCAUCGAACAUUCCGACUACAGAGCCAAACUCACCCAGAUCAGACAGAUCUACCACACGGAGCUGGAGAAAUACGAGCAGGCAUGUAACGAAUUCACUACCCAUGUGAUGAACCUGCUGAGGGAACAGUCUCGCACGCGGCCCAUCUCACCCAAAGAGAUUGAGCGCAUGGUGGGAAUCAUCCACCGUAAAUUCAGCUCCAUCCAGAUGCAACUGAAACAGAGCACCUGUGAGGCUGUCAUGAUCCUGCGCUCCAGAUUCCUUGAUGCCAGGCGGAAAAGGAGAAACUUCAGCAAGCAGGCGACGGAAAUCUUGAACGAAUACUUCUACUCGCACCUCAGCAACCCAUACCCGAGCGAGGAGGCUAAAGAGGAGUUGGCCAAGAAGUGCAGCAUCACAGUUUCCCAGGGGGUGGGAAGCACCAUCACAGUAUCACAGGUAUCCAACUGGUUUGGCAACAAAAGGAUCCGGUACAAGAAAAAUAUCGGCAAGUUUCAGGAAGAAGCCAACCUGUAUGCCGCCAAGACUGCUGUAAAUGCAGCACACGCUGCAGCCGCUGCAGUGCAGAACAGCCAGGCCAACUCCCCUACCACACCUAACUCCGGAUUCCAGAUGAAAGAUGAAGAGUUUCAGCUGGAUUCUGCAGAGAGCAAAAACACUCUUUUAACCAACAUGUUUACUGGUUCUUCAGGUUCUUUUAACCUCCCAAACUCUGGGGACAUGUUCUUGAGCAUGCAGAGUCUGAAUGGGGAUUCUUACCAAGGGGCACAAGUCGGAGCCAAUGUACAGUCACAGGUGGAUACCCUGCGCCAUGUUAUCAGUCAGACGGCAGGAUACAAUGAUGCUCUCGGGGGGAACACGAUGUAUAGUCCACAUGGGUUAAAUGCUAAUGGGGGAUGGCAAGAUGCAACGACUCCGUCUUCUGUAAUAUCUCCGACAGAAGGACCCGGAAGUGUGCACUCCGAUACCUCGAAUUGAUCCGCUAUUAAUGCAUCUUUGCCUCAAGCUGGGCAUGGACUUUUUUCACUGGCAACUGCAGAGGAUAAUACACACACAGACACAGACACACACACACACAAAAAAAAAAAAAAUCACAACAGAUUGGUUUUUCCUAUACCUUCAAAUUUCCCACCAACCACGCCACACACAUCCUCCAUCAUUAACACUCAAGUGUUUCCUGAUUGUUCAGUGUUUUCUUUCCGUCUUCAUAAAUCUGAUGUAUUCUCUUAUUUGUUUGUUGUAGGGGUAAGCGCACACACACACACACACACGUACAAUACUCAGUAAACUUUCAGGAUAAUUAGCUCCUCUGAACUUAAAAUACCGGAUGACACUCGCGCGUUUAAUGUGACAUUUUAAACGGCUAUUUGUUUGAUUCUUGAUUUAAUUACCACUUCCCAUUUUGAUAAUUGGGUUCUCUUUCAGUUCGUACAAUACAUAGAUUAAAGCAGCUGUUUCUUUGACUGUAAUGUGCUCGCAAUCUUGUCCAGCAACUCGACAAUGCUACCGUUGACAGCUCAAUGGCAGCUUUGUAGUUACUUUCAAGAUUUAUUUUUGCCUUACAGCUGUAUACAUUAGUAGAAGGAAAUGGCUAUUCAAACUCUGGAACAUAAAGAAGCGUAAUUGAUUGCUUGACUAUAACAUGACACCACUCCAUAUUUUAUAAUUUGAUGUUUAGUAUGUACAUAUGUAAACAUUUUUUUUUUGUACUGCUUAUCAACAAAUCCCCCCUCGACAAUAGAUCAUUCCCUCAUGACACACAGGAACAAGGCCCCGUUACACAGGGAAAAGUUGUACAUAAUAUAGCUUAAGAGUAAUUAUACAUCCCACCAAUCAAUACACAGCUUUAUUACCUCAUCCAAAUUCAUAAAAAACAAUCAUUUCCAUCAUUUCUGUAGCUUAGAGUGCUCACUUACUACCUCUAAACAAUAUCACCGCCAUAGUUUCUUUUGCCCUUAUUUAAUGUUUUUAUGUAGUUCUUUUGAUUACAUCUCGUAACACUGUAAACUCUUCAUCCUCUAUGUAAUCUAAUGUAUAUUUUAAUCUUUUAAUAAAAUGCUGUUGCUGUACCGCAACUUAAAAUGACAAAAAAUAAAAAAAUUAAAAUGAUAACAAUAUUAAUACCGUGAAAAAAGAGAUGGGGAGGUGGGGAGGGGGUGAAGAAGAAGAAGAAGAAGAAGUUUGUGGUGUGUUACUUUUACGACGGGGGCGCGAUGAACAUUGUUGAUAAAUUAACACCAAACAGUGAAACUGUUGUAAAUACUGAAGAAGAAAAAAAAACAUUUUGAAUGUUGCUCAUCUUGUUACUAAAUCAUGCGGGGGAAAAAAAGAGAAAAAAAAUCAUUCUAAAAAAAUAAUGUAAUGCAUAGAGGUUUCAGUAUUCAGAACUGUACAUUUCCAGCUCUGUUCAACAGGGUUCAAAACUUCUUUUCUCUUUUUUCUAUUGUAUGUGAUUCUGAAACUGAAAAAGUCAUGACAAAUGAUUUGUGGCAGUGAUUCUAAUGUAUUAAAGAUGUUUAGUGUUACUUUCUAACCAGACUACA